GUGAGAGUACAGCCAGCAGAACAGCAGAUCUCCUGGGUUCCCGGAAUCCUAACAAAAAAAUACAAAACGGACAGAAUACCCUCUACAAAAAUGGAGGUGCAAUGCAACCCCGCUCUGAUCACUGAGGUAUCGUUGUCGUUUCGAGAUGAACUGACAUCAACCCUACAAAACGCGCUCGGUGUUGCUGUGGAUAUCGCAGUUGUUGAAAUCUCCAAACUCCUCGACAGAGCGCUCAGGGACGUUCAGGAGAAGAUUCAAGAAGCUCUACGAGACAACCAUGCGCUCAAAUAUAGGCUAGAAACAGCCGAGAUCCAACUGUCUACUGUGCGAGCGCGUCUGGAUCAACAACCACAGGGUCUUGAAGAUUUUACAAACGGUAAUACCAGCCAGCCAGCGAAAUAUUUACCCAGGGCUGAGCGGGGGCAUCGACCGUUUAAAACCCUUCAUGUCGUGCGUUCGAGCCCAAUAACGUUGCAUGAAACUGAACUCGGUCUGGACUCUGAACACAAUUACGAGGUAUGUGGAUCAAAGGAAACACGUUUAUUAAAGAAAGAAUCAGACUGUGCGAUCACACAUGGAGGUUUGGGAGCACAGACGUUAAACUCAAACACACAAGAAGACAGCACCCAACAUAGAUUAGAUGAGACAACUGACAAGAAUGAAGUAUAUCCAAAAAUGUUGGAUUCCAGCAUGUCCAAAGAUUUCCAGGCCUUUCCUGGGACAAGUACAGGUGAGCUCACUGAUUGUCCAUCCUUCGAAGUGGCUGUAAAGAUGGAGAAAGAAGAAGGCUAUGGUGACUCAAUCCCUGUGUCUGUCCCCGGAGAGGAGGAGCCUAACUCUGACAGCCUCUCUCUGGCUCAGUCUCAAUUGCUUCAAGACUGGAGACCUCAGCCAUUGUAUCUAGAGGACUGCCAGUCAAACCAGCCCUGCCAGUCCACCAGCCUUCCUCUGGACCAAGAUUUUUUGUCAUCCUCGACCACAAGCCAACAUGGUCACGUCCCUAAACGCCGCAGGAACCCCGAAAGCCGUCAAUAUCCAUCAGACCGAGGCUUGUAUCAUUGUGGCUUAUGCGGUCGAGGUUUCAACCGUAAGCACCAUCUUAAAAUCCACCAGAGGAUCCAUACAGGAGAGAGACCGUACGCCUGUUCUGUCUGCAGUGCGCGUUUCCGUCACGCGUUGACACUCACACGCCACUUCCGCAUCCACACAGACAAGAAUGAAGUAUAUCCAAAAAUGUUGGAUCCCAGCAUGUCCAAAGAUUUCCAGGCCUGUCCUGGGACAAGUACAGGUGAGCUCACUGAUUGUCCAUCCUUCGAAGUGGCUGUAAAGAUGGAGAAAGAAGAAGGCUAUGGUGACUCAAUCCCUGUGUCUGUCCCUGGAGAGGAGGAGCCUAACUCUGACAGCCUCUCUCUGGCUCAGUCUCAACUGCUUCAAGACUGGAGACCUCAGCCAUUGUAUCUAGAGGACUGCCAGUCAAACCAGCCCUGCCAGUCCACCAGCCUUCCUCUGGACCAAGAUUUUUUGUCAUCCUCGACCACAAGCCAACAUGAUCACUUCCCUAAACGCCGCAGGAACCCCGAAAGCCGUCAAUAUCCAUCAGACCGAGGCUUGUAUCAUUGUGGCUUAUGCGGUCGAGGUUUCGCUCGUAAGCACCAUCUUAAAAUCCACCAGAGGAUCCAUACAGGAGAGAGACCGUACGCCUGUUCUGUCUGCAGUGCGCGUUUCCGUCACGCGUUGACACUCACACGCCACUUCCGCAUCCACACAGACAAGAAUGAAGUAUAUCGAAAAAUGUUGGAUCCCAGCAUGUCCAAAGAUUUCCAGGCCUGUCCUGGGACAAGUACAGGUGAGCUCACUGAUCGUCCAUCCUUCGAAGUGGCUGUAAAGAUGGAGAAAGAAGAAGGCUAUGGUGACCCAAUCCCUGUGUCUGUCCCUGGAGGGGAGGAGCCUAACUCUGACAGCCUCUCUCUGGCUCAGUCUCAACUGCUUCAAGACUGGAGACCUCAGCCAUUGUAUCUAGAGGACUGCCAGUCAAACCAGCCCUGCCAGUCCACCAGCCUUCCUCUGGACCAAGAUUUUUUGUCAUCCUCGACCACAAGCCAACAUGAUCACUUCCCUAAACGCCGCAGGAACCCCGAAAGCCGUCAAUAUCCAUCAGACCGAGGCUUGUAUCAUUGUGGCUUAUGCGGUCGAGGUUUCAACCGUAAGCACCAUCUUAAAAUCCACCAGAGGAUCCAUACAGGAGAGAGACCGUACGCCUGUUCUGUCUGCAGUGCGCGUUUCCGUCACGCGUUGACACUCACACGCCACUUCCGCAUCCACACAGGUGAAAAACCUUAUGCUUGUGGACAGUGUGGAAAAACUUUUAGAAACGGUGGUGGACUAAAGUUCCAUCAGUGUUCUAUCACAACAUCUGUAUGAAUCCAGUAUUGCUACUGUUAGUUUAGGUUGCAGGCCCAAUCUAAUGUUCAGUAACCCCAGGAGCUGUAGGGGUACCAAGAUGAUCUUCCUGCUUUCACCAGAAGUUUCUCUAAUGGCGUUUUGAGAUAGUUUGUGCAACUUAAGGUUGCUUUGGUAUGAAACAAAUCUGCCAAAUACGUGCCCAUUUUACCGUAAUGCCUUUCAUUUGUCAAGUGCCUGACAGCAAGACUCUCAACAGGACUCUGUUGUUAAAGCUUUUAGAUAUUUAAAAUGAACUGUAAACUCAAAAGAUUUACUGUAACACAGCUCAAAAAACGUCCUGCUUUUAUUUACACUAAAUGUUUGUAAAUAUUUGUUUUUACAUAAAAUGGUUGAUUUAA